UGCGUGGAGUGUUGAGACGUGUUAUCAAAAAUAUAUUGAUAACAAGAUAAUAAUUAUCUUAAGUGAAAAAUUACCGAUAUCGAAGUCGAGUGAUAGGAAAAACAAAUUGUACGUUAAAUUAAUUUAAGUUUUAAUUUACUCUGCUUAUUAUAAUAUUAAAAUUAAUGUUAAAGAGUUUGCCUAUUGUUCCCUUAUGACAUGACAUUCUACGUAUUUUGAUUAACUAUUAAAAAUAUUAGUAUUUAACAUAAUGCCGAGGUGCUGUGUACAUUUGUGUGAUUCACGGAAUGAAUCUGUAUUUAAAGUGCCCGAAAACCUUAAAAAAGAAUGGGAAGAAGCCUUGAAUAUGGACUUGAAACAUAAUUCAAAAGUGUGUGCAACUCAUUUUAAAUCCGAAGACAUUAAAAAAAUAUGGGAAUCUGGUACAGGAUUUUCUAAGUAUACUGUGAGUAUGCAUACUUUUUUACAACCUGAAAUAAUAAUACUUAAUUUACAUUUAAAUCAUAAUUCCAAUAUUAUGCAUUACGAAUUGUAAUUUGGAACUUAUGUCAGAUAAAACUAUUUUCAGAUUUCUUUAAAAAGGCCAAAACUUAAACCUGGAGCAAUACCAAUGAAAGUAACCAGCAAGAGUUACCUUUCAAUAUCACCAUCCAAUGGUAUGAAACAUGACCAUACUUAUUUUAGACCAAGUUGCUCAUUUCUUGAUAACAAUACUAAAACUGGAAACAUAUUAUCUUCUACACCACUUAAAUGUGAGUCUAUUCAAAUUAUACCAGAUAUACCAGGUUUUGAAGUUGAAGUCCAUGAUGAGGUAGUUAGAUAUUAAAUAUUGUAUGAUUUCUAUAAUUAAUAUUAGAUUUAUAUUUAUCUGAAUUGUGUUAUGUUUAUAACGUAGACUAAAACCGGACCAGUCAAAGUUAUGCCAUUAUUUGAAGACAUUUUAAAAAACCAUUUAUUAAUCAGUACUCUUUUUAAAUGGUGUUCAGAUACAUUUAACCAUGGGAAAAAAAAAGUCGUAUCAUUUUAUAAACUUAGUCCAUUCGGAAUCAAUUACAGUCAUUCAAUUGAAAAACAAAUUGUCAUUACUGAAGGUAAACAGAAGUUAAAUAAAAAAGAAAAGUUUUAUGUAAAGUAUUUUUUAUUUUAUGUAAAAUUUCAAAUCUAUCAAUUUUUAAAUCAAUUUUUUACAUAUAAACAAUAGGUUUCACUGAAAUGUUAAAGAAAUGAACUAUAUAAGAAAUUUGUUUGCAAUAAUACAUUUUUCCAUGUUAAAAAUUCAAAAAAAAUACUAUAAAAACUACCCAUUUUUUACAAACUCCAACCCCUUUGAUGUAUAUGAAGUGGUUAACUUAUCAUAUCCAAAAUUUACAAAACAUAUUUUUACAAUGUACCUAACAGAAUUCCAAACCUAUGAAUUCAAAUAUUUGACAUUUAUUUUCAAUACCUACAGCUAAGGAAAACCUAAUAUAUUAUAUAUAUACAGUAUGUUCACGUUUCCCAGUAAUACUUGAUAUUUCGGCCAGAUGACCUUGGGUUUAAAUUACAUUUUUGAAAGGUUUGCUAAAAUACACAUUUUAAGAUAAAUUUCAAAUGUUUAACUUAUUAGUGUGCGUAUGAGCAAUAUAAAUUACUUUUUGUAAACAGCAACACCUUUUUUUAAUGUAUAAAAAUAGUCUUAUUUUUUAAGCUACUUUAAUCAUUUAAAUUUUUUUUAUCUAAAAAAUUACCUGAAUUACAAUCAUCUAAAGUUGAUAAAAAAUUUAAAACUCAAGUUGUUAUGUGUAUAUGUUUUAUGAUUCUCUUUACAAAUCAUUUUUCCUCCAUAAAAUAGUUGUCAAUUUUUUUCAAAUUUAAAUGCUCAUGUUAUACAUUUUUUUGAAAAAUCAACUGUAAAUAACUGUAUUUCGAGUAAUUUUUGAGAUUGAAAAAUUGUAAUGAUUAAAAUUGCAUAAAAGCAGUAGGAUUAUUUGAAUGCCGUGUUAUAAAUAAAUAUUACUAUUUAUAAAAGAAAAGUAUUAAAAUAAUUUGUAUUUGUAUUCAUGCACUUUAAUAAAGACUCCCUAUAAUUUUCCAAAAAAUGGAAUUUAUGUCCAAUGUUAUCCAGCCAAACAUUUAGUAUUAAUUAAAAACGUGAAUACAUUGUACAGUGUAAACUAAUUUAUAUUUGAUUUGUAACUUUUUAGAUUUUGAUUUAUUUUAUCAUUUAUGUGGAGAAAUAUUUGAUAUGGCCAAUAUGUUUAAAAUAAACGAACUAAAAGACUUGUAUGAUAUAUCGAGUUUAAUAAAUGAAUUUGAUAAAAUAAAGGUAUGCUAUGGUUACAUUAUUAAUGAUGAGUACCAAUUACUCAAAAGUAAUUUUGACUCGAUUAAAUGUGUUGAAUCUUAUGGUCGUUUUCGACAUGCAAAUUGUACCAAAAUCAUAAUUGACGAAAAAGGGUAAGUAUAUUUGUUUAAAAUUUUCAAUAUUGCCUACAUAUAAUAUAAUGCAAAUUUUUUGUUUUUAAUUUUUAUUAUCUUAAUUUUAUCCAUUCAGUGAAAAAUGUAAAUGGUGUAGAAGAUUGUAUCGUUGUAUGAAGACAAAACAUUUAAAAAAUAAAAAUAAGAAACCACAUGAAAAUGUCGCGGUAAAAACGCCACAAGUACUAAAAUGUCACGGGUACAAAACUUUUGCCACAUAAAAGAUAUAAACAAAUUCAAUUUUUUUCAAUUUUUGAACAUUUAUUUAGUCCCAUUUGUGGUAGUGAUGUCUUAGUGAUCUAUUAGACUAAUUUUUAAGCAGUACAUGAUCUAACCAAAUAGUAUUGAAUUACUGUGUUUGUAUAUAUCAUAU